CCUACUUCCUGUCCUCAGCUGUGGGUCACAAUUCACAGUCUGGAAGCCUCUGAGGAGAGCAAGGGAUCAGAGCUCAUCCUCCCAGGCCCCUGGCAGGAGUUGAGAGAUGAAAAAUAGCAGCCGCAGAUCAUCACCAGUUCCAAGAAGGCACAGAAAUGAAAAUGCAGAUUUCAGUGCUGAGCUGCUUCCUGUGACGUGUGGUGACGCAAAGGGAACAUUACACAAGGACAGAUUCAAGCAAGGGAUCUCCAUGAAGUCCAUACAGAGUGAAGCUGGGGACUGGUACACACCUACUGAGUUUGAAAUCUUGGGAGGCCUUGGACGAUCAAAAAACUGGAAAUUGAGUGUGCGCUGCUACAAUUGGCCCCUGAAAUUCCUGAUCCAGAGAAACUUUCUCCCCAAUUCUCCACGAAUUUAUGGCAAGAGAAAAAAGAACUCAGAUGAAUGUGAAGUGUGUCGGGAUGGAGGAAUGCUCUUCUGCUGUGACACUUGCUCCAGAGCCUUCCAUGAAGAGUGUCACAUCCCCACGGUGGAGGCUGAGAUGACACCAUGGAGUUGCAUCUUCUGCAGGAUGCAGUCCUUAGGAAGCCAACAGACUCAUCCGGAAUCUGAGGUACUGCAGAGGCGGAUGGCGCCCCAGGAGCAAUUGAAGUGUGAGUUUGUCCUUUUGAGAGUCUAUUGCUGUUCCGAGAGCUCCUUUUUUUCCAAGAUGCCAUAUUAUUAUUACUUCAAAGAGACGUCCGAGGUUGUGCAGAAAGCUAUGUGGUUGGACAUCAUCAAGAAAAAACUGAGAGAGAGAGGUUACUCCCACGUGGAAGAGUUUGCGCAAGACAUGAGGCUCAUCUUCCACAAUCACAGGACCACAUUCAAGGACCUCAACUUUGGUGAAAUGGGACUUAGACUGGAGUUUGAGUUUGAGAAGAAUUUCAAGGAAGUGUUUGCUAUUCAGGACACAAAUGAAAACAGUUGACUGAUGUCACAGAUGCUGCUGGUGUGCUGGUACCAUGUCCUUUUCCUGUCAGGUCUUCCCAUCUGCAGCAGUGAACGUUCUUUACUGAUGCCAUCAUCUCCAGGGGAUUCUCUGGGAUCACAUGCAGACAGCUGCAACUGGGAGUCACACCUCCAGGUCUUGUGGUCCAUCCCCCUGCCUCCAACUGGAAUAAAGGGUGUGCUAGAUUGCUGCUCUCUGCUCCUCAAAUCCAACUGGCUUAGCUCUCCCCCUGUGCAUAAGUUGCUUACCUUGUCCCUACUUCUGAGAGUCCUUUACAAUAAACCACAAGCUUCCAAGACUUCAACUUAUGUGGUGAUACACUCCUGUAGCUCUAGCCCUUGGAAUGCUGAGGCAUGAGAAUAGCUGUAAGUGUGAUGUCAGCCUGGGAUACAUAGGCUACUCUGGAUUAUAAAGCUACUCUGGAUUAUAAAGAUCCUUAUUCAAGAGCAAACAACUCACCAAAUAAGACAAAAAAAAGGCCUCAACUCUGAAUCUUUUUCUAGGAGUCUCAUCCUAAGAUGACUGGUCUUAGAAGCAAAGCCUCAGGGUAGGAUUCUAGAGUUGGGUCACUGUCCAACCAAAAGGUGAUUGUGACAUGUCAAUAGGCCCUUGUGUGUUAAGCCAGCUCAAAAAACAAAUAUUAUUAGCCUGUAGAAAGGCGCUAAUGACUGUGUGAGCUAUAGGCAAAGUGGUAUAUUUGCUAGUGGAUGGAAAAAAAGUAACUCUAAGGAUGAUGGGAUUUGGUAGCUGUUAGUACUUUUUACUAAUAGAUUGACAGGAACCAAGCAUUGGUGAUGCAUGCCUUUAAUCUCAGCUCUCAGAAGGUAGAGAUAGGCGGAUCUCUGUCAGUUCGAGGUGUUCCAGGAUAGCCACGGUGGUUACACAGAGAAACCGUGUCUUGAGAAACAAACAA